GCUUCAACAUCUCAGAAAAGUCUCCAAACUCCGGACUAGAGCCUGCCUACAGCCCCGCCCACGCAUCCGUUCAGCGCCGGCCACGAUAACUUCACCGGAGUCGCCUCCUGCUUCUGCGCCACGUCGCCGGCACCGACAAGGCUCUGAAUCUGCUGCUGCUGCUGCUACCGCCGAUACAAUGCUGGAGCUGGCGCCGACGUGCCUGUGAGGACCACGUCUUCCUCGCUGCUGCUGCUGCUGCGUUGCUGGUUCCUCGGUGCUGAUCAGGGGCGAGCUCGUGAAGUACCUGUGUUGGAGGAGUUUCUUUCGAGCAUUCCAAUGGCGGAGCUGGUGGCUACCAUGGCCAUCCGGCCGCUGGUGUCCAUGCUGAGGGACAAGGCAUCCAGCUACCUCCUUGACCAGUACAAUGUGAUGGAGGGAAUGGAGGAGCAGCACAAAAUUCUCAAGCGCAGGCUUCCUAUCAUCUUCGACAUCAUCACUGACAUCGAGCAGGCCACGGUCCGAGAAGGGCCGAAAGCCUGGCUUGAGGAGCUCACGACAGUGGCCUAUGAGGCAAAUGAAGUCUUUGACGAAUUCAAGUAUGAAGCACUCCGCCGUGAAGCAAAGAAGAAGGGGCACUACAAGGAGCUUGGCUUCGAUGUGAUAAAACUGUUCCCUACGCACAACCGUAUUGUGUUCCGUUACAAGAUGGGUCGCAAGCUUUGCAGGAUUCUUCAAGAUAUCAAUGUCCUCAUCGCGGAGAUGCAUGACUUUGGGUUGAGGCAGACAUUCUUGGUGUCCAAUCAGUUAGGGCAGACUCCGGUGUCCAAGGAGUGGAGGCAGACAGAUUAUGUCAUCAUUGACCCAAAAGAAAUUGCCAGAAGAUCCAGACACGAAGAUAAGAAUAAUAUCAUCGACAUGCUACUUGGUCAAGCUGGCAAUGCAGAUCUCGCAGUAGUUCCCAUUGUUGGAAUGGGGGGCCUUGGAAAGACCACAUUAGCGCAACUCAUAUACAAUGAACCUGAAAUUCAGAAGCAUUUUCCAUUGCAGCUCUGGGUCUGCGUCUCUGAUACCUUUGAUGUGAAUUUGGUGGCUAAGAGUAUAGUUGAAGCAUCCCCCAAGAAAAAUCAUGAUACAGACAAACCACCACUGGAUAGACUUCAAAAACUGGUGAGUGGGCAGAGGUAUCUCCUUGUAUUGGAUGAUGUUUGGAACAGAGAGGUCCACAAGUGGGAAAGCCUGAAGGCUUGUCUUCAUCACGGUGGCAGUGGUAGUGCAGUGUUGACAACAACCCGUGAUAAACAAGUUGCUGAAAUUAUGGGUGCAGAUAGGGCAGCCUACAAUCUCAAUGCUUUGGAGGAUUACUUCAUAAAGGAAAUUAUUGUAGAUAGAGCAUUCAGUUCAGAGAAUGAAAAGCCUCCCGAGCUACUCGAGAUGGUUGGUGAGAUUGUGAAGAGAUGUCGUGGCUCUCCUUUAGCUGCAACUGCACUGGGCUCUGUACUUCGUACCAAGACCAGCGUAGAAGAAUGGAAGGCUGUAUCAUCUAGCAGCAUUUGCACCGAGGGAACUGGAAUUUUGUCAAUACUAAUGCUUUGCUACAAUGAGUUGCCAUCACACCUGAAGGAGUGCUUUGCUUUCUGUGCUCUGUUUCCCAAAAAUUACCAGAUUGAUGUGAAGAAGUUGAUCCAUCUAUGGAUUGCAAAUGGCUUGAUCCCAGAACACAAAGAAGAUAGUCUUGAAACCAUUGGAAAACAUAUUUUCAAUGAGCUGGCCUCAAGGUCAUUCUUUCUGGACAUAGAGGAAAGUAUAGACAUCUAUGGGUAUUAUUCAACUACAUGUAAAAUCCAUGAUCUUAUGCAUGCUAUCGCAAUGUCUGUUAUGAAAAAGCUAUCUGUUGUUGCAACCGACGAACCAAGUCAAAUCCAAUGUCUUCCAGAUACUACUCGGCAUUUAUUUUUGUCACGUGACGAAGCAGAAGGUAGAUUCUUCUCACGUGAGGAAACAAAAGGUAUUUUGAAUGAGUCUCUGCAGAAAAGAUCCCCUGUUAUCCGAACACUAAUAUGUGAUAGUUUUUCGGGAAGCUCAUUGAAGCAUCUGUCAAAUUACAAGUCUUUGCGUGUCUUGAAGCUCCAUAUAGGGAGAGAAUACUUUCUACCAAAACCAAAGUAUUUGCGUUACCUAAGGUACCUUGAUCUCUCCAACAGUUAUAUCAAAGCACUUCCUGAAGAUAUAAGUAUUCUGUAUAACCUUCAAAUGUUGGACCUUUCCAACUGCUUUCAUCUUGGUCGACUCCCAAGGCAAAUGAAGUAUAUGACUUCCUUGCGUCACCUCUACACUCAUGGAUGUCCGAAGUUGGAGAGCAUGCCUCCAGAACUCGGAAGCCUCACUAAGCUGCAGACACUUACAUGUUUUGUAGCAGCAGUUACUAGCCCUGAUUGUAGUGAUGUUGCAGAGCUGCUUUAUUUAAACCUUUGUGGUCAGCUAGAGGUAUGUCAGGUAGAGAAUGUUAUAGAUGCAGAGGCAAAAGUUCUAAACCUUGGAAACAAGAAGGAUCUCAGAGAACUGACACUAAGAUGGAAUUCUGUUUGUGACAGCAAGGUGCUCGACAAUUUCAAACCACAUGGUGGGCUGCAGGUUCUGAAGAUAUAUUCCUAUGGAGGAAAGUGCAUGGGUAUGUUGCAAAACAUGGUUGAGAUCCAUCUUUUUCGUUGUGAAAGAUUGCAAUGUUUGUUCAGAUGUGAUACAUCCUUCACUUUUCCAAAACUGAAAGUGCUUAUGCUAGAAGAUUUGUUUGGUUUUGAGAGAUGGUGGGAAAUAGAUGAGAGGCAAGAAGAACCGAGAAUAUUUCCUGUGCUUGAGAAGUUGUUUAUUAGUAAUUGUGGAAAGUUGGUAGCAUUACCUGAAGCACCAUUGUUGCAAGGACCUUGUGAUGAAGGUGGUUAUACAUUGGCACGCUCAGCAUUUCCUGCCCUAAAGGUGCUCAAAAUGAAGAACUUGGAGAGCUUUCAGAGAUGGGAUGCAGUCAAAGAGACUCAAGGUGAACACAUAGUGUUUCCUUGGCUAGAGGAACUAUCAAUUGAGGAAUGCCCAGAGCUGACAGCAUUACCUGAAGCACCAUUGCUUCAAGAACCAUGUAGUGGAGGUGGUUAUAGAUCGGUACGCUCAGCGUUUCCUGCCCUCAAGGUGCUCAAAAUGAAAGACUUGGAGAGCUUUCAGAGGUGGGAUGGAGUCGAAGGGACAUUGUUUCCUCAGCUUGAGAAACUGUCAGUUCAGAAGUGCCCAAAGAUGAUAGAUUUACCUCAAGCACCAAAACUCAUUGUGUUGGAAGUUGAAGAUGGCAAGCAAGAGAUCUUUCAUUUUGUAGACAGAUAUUUGUCUUCAUUGACAAAUCUGAUUCUGAAGCUAGAAAACAUAGAAACAACAUCAGAAGCUGAGUGCACUUCAAUUGUACCAGUGGACAUCAAGGAGAGAAGGAACCAGGAAUCCCCUCUUACAGUUAUGAAGCUAAGAUGUUGCAACUCAUUCUUUGGAGUAGAUGCACUAGAGCCGUGGGACUAUUUUGUGCAUCUUGAAGAGUUGGAAAUUAAUAGUUGCGAUGUGCUCAUCUACUGGCCAGAGAAAGUGUUUGACAGGUUGGUAUCCUUGAGGAGAUUAGUGAUUAAAAAUUGCAAAAAUCUGAUUGGAUACACACAAGCUCCUCUUGAGCCAUUGGCGUCCGAAAGGAGUCAGCACCUGAGAGGUCUGGAGUUUCUUAGAUUACAAUUUUGUGCAAGUUUGGUCGAGAUGUUCAAUGUCCCGACAUCACUCAAGAGCAUUUCUAUUUGGGACUGCCCGAAGCUUGAGUACAUAUUUCGCAAGCAGCAGGGCAUGUCAGAGUUGGUCCAAGGAUCUUCUUGCAGUGAGGAAAUCAUGCCUGCAGCUGUAUCAGAGUUGCCAUCCUCACCCAUGAAUCAGUUUUGUCCAUGCCUAGAAGAUCUAACUUUAAUAAGAUGUGAAAGCUUACCAGCGGUUCUAAAUCUGCCUGCAUCCUUAAAGACCUUAGGAAUUGAUGGCUGCAGUAGUAUUCAAGUCCUAUCAUGCCAGCUGGGUGGGCUCCAGAAACCAGAAGUCACUACUUCCAUAAGCAGAAGUCCUAUCAUGCCAGAGCCAGAGCAUUUACUUCCUCCCCAUCUCGAAUCUCUAUCAAUAUGGGACUGUGCUGGCAUGUUGGGUGGGACUCUCUGUCUGCCUGCACCCCUCAAGAGACUAGACAUUAUUGGCAACAGUGGGUUGACAUCGCUGGAGUGUCUGUCAGGAGAACGCCCCCCAUCGCUGGAAGCCCUUUAUCUUGAAAGAUGCGGUACCCUGGCAUUCCUGCCAAAUGAGCCACAAGCAUACAGGUCUCUCUUGUUUCUUGAAAUUAGAGGCUGCCCUGCUAUAAAGAAGCUCCCUAGAUGCCUGCAGCAGCAACUGGGAAGCAUCAACUACAAACGACUAGAUGCCUGUUAUGAAGUGAUGGCACUUAAACCAAAGACAUGGAAGUUGAUGCCAAGGCUAGUCCGUGAGCGGAGGAAGGCCGCUCGACAAGCCAGAGAGUGCCAGCAAUCCGCCAUGCAGGAGUAAACAGGCACUCUUGGCCGAGAACUGUCGGAGCCUGCAGUUUAGGGCUGGCGACUGCUUGGCGUCGAGCCGAGCAUCUUUGAAUCGACAUCCUAGGCGGAGAGGAUCUCAUCUUGAUCUGGUUUGCUGCUGCCCAGUCAAGCAGAGGAAAACAGGGAAGAAACAACGUAGAAAGGGCAUGGUAGUUUCUUUUAUUUUUCUUCAGAAAUUGUACCAAUUUAUGUCACGAUUGUUAUCUGCUCCCUUAAACUCUUAUCAUUUUCUUGUUAAAGAUUCAGAUACUUGCCAUGUUU